UUCAGAGGAAGUGACGAGAAUACAGGAGCUUUACGAGUUAACGUUAGUAGUUAAACGAACAGGGGGAAAACUGUAUAAAGAGAAGGCUUUUAAGAAGAAAAUGUUCGUGAAUAAUUAAGCGAGUGUUUUCUGCAUCACGAGCAAACAUUAGAUGAAAAUUAAAAUUUUGACGGAAACGCAAUUUCUGCGAUCAUCGAGCUGCAAGUAUAUCUCUAACUAUAUUAUUUUUUCAUCGACCGUUAAAUAACUCUCUAAAAAGUCGUUUACAUUCGCUCUCCACCGGUUUGUCGCCUGUUUUAAGUAAUUUACUCUGACGAUAUGUCCCAUUGUUGUGUUAAGUGAGCGUCUUUUGUAAUGAACUCGAGAGCGUCUUUACCGGCUUCAGUCCAGACAGCGUUCGUCGCGUUCGCGCUGCUGUUUUCGGUAACGUUAAGUGUUUGUUCACGGUUGACGGUGCUCGUUCGUCUCAAUGAUGGUCAAAUAACGGAGGAGCUAUUAGAGGCGGAUAGUGAGAAGGACAUAAUAACAGUUGAGUUCAGGCAGACAGACGGGACUCUCAUCACAUUCCUGUCUGAUUUCAAGCGCCAUGUGAAGAUUUUUCGUGCCCUGGUGCUUGGGGAGCCAGAGAAGGGACAAUGUCAGUACCAGGCCCUCUGCUUCAUCUCGCAUUUGGAUCAUGGAGAGCUCAUCCCCAGUGAGGCCAUGGCUCGACUCAGACAGAAAAACCCUCAUGUGGUGCGGAGUGCGGACGAGAGACGUGGUGUGGAAGAGUUCACUAUGAAUGCGGCGCUCAACAUGAGUCGUUCCUGGCACCUCAGUACUCAUAUUCAUAAUGUCUGCAGGGAUGCACGAGACCUGGUGUACACACGACAACAAGAUGUCAAAUACUGGCUGGACAAAGGGGUGGAAGGUUCAAUAUUUGAGGUCUUUCCUCAGAGUCUGAAUGUGACUGGCUUAAAGAACUGCAGCUCCACGACAGACCCGUGGCAGCCCUGCGCCUGCAGUUACAGGUUAAACCUGGAGUGGUUCCCCUGUCAGCUGAAGUACUGCCGGGGCCAGGGGCCGAACCCUUACAAGUGUGGCAUUAAGAGCUGCAGCAAAAGCUAUCACUUUGACUUCUACACACCUCAUAAACAGCUGUGCCUUUGGGAUGAGGACACUUAGCAGGACCUCACAAAGGAAAUUUGCUUUUCCUCAAAAUGUUUUUUUUUUUUUUUUUCUAAGGUACU